GGAGAGGAGAGGAUUGGAGGAGCUUAAUAUUGCGUCGAACACGCGCCGAGAAGAGGGUUGAGGGGGGGGGGGGGGGGGGAGGACUUAUUUCUAGCUUGGAGGAAGAAAGAAAUCAAAGAGAGAUCGAAGCCGAAGGAGACUGAUCAUCAACCACAGGUAGCUCGAUUGGAAUCAGAUUCGCCCCGCGCCCGUCCAAAUGGUUGAGUCGGAGGGCGACGCGGCGGCGGCAGCGACAUGCACGGCGGUGCUUACACCGCCGCUAUCGCUGCAAGGAGGCCUCGCGGCUGAGCUCCGGCCGGCGAACCUGGUGCAGCGGGUGCUCAGCCUGUUCCGCAACGUUCUGCCAGGAUCCGACCUAUCACACUUCGAGCUGCCGGCGACGUUCAACCUGCCGAAAUCGCAGCUCCAGAUGUACGGGGAGGGCGUCUACUGCGCCGGCGAGGACUACCUGGCCAGGUGCGCCGGGGGGAAGGACAGCCUCCAGCGGCUCACGUCGGUCGUCGCGUGGAGCAUCUCGACGACGAGGCCCCCCAUCUUCGGCUUCGCGCCGUACAACCCGGUGCUCGGGGAGACGCACCACGUCUCCACAGGAUCACUCAACGUCCUCCUCGAGCAGGUUUCCCAUCAUCCUCCGGUCUCUGCUCUGCACGCGACCGACGACGGCGGAAACGUUGAGCUCGUGUGGUGCCAAAGCCCAGCCCCAAAAUUUUACGGCACCAGCGUAGAAGCAACGGUGAGAGGCAAGAGGGAGGUCAGGCUCCUGAAGCUCAACGAGAGGUACGAGGUGGACUGCCCGAACCUACUCAUCAGGCUGCUGCCGGCUCCGUCCGUGGAGUGGUCAGGGAACGUCAGGGUCGUCUGCAAGGACUCCGGGCUUGAGGCUGAACUGAGCUACUGCAGAAGCCGAUCUUUUCUCGGCUUCGGAGGCGACGCGACAUGCGUGAAGGGCAGAAUUUUUCGUUCAGGAUCAGGUGAUGCUGUCUACGAGAUUGAUGGGCAUUGGGAUAGAACUGUUUCGUUGAAGGAUGUGAGCACUGGGAAGGUUUCGGUUUUGUAUGAUGCGGAGCGCGCCAUUGCUAACCUCAGUACACCGGUGGUUGAAGACCAAAAGGGCUUGUCAUCUUCAGAAUCUGCCGUGGUUUGGGGCGAAGUCAGUGAGGCUAUUUGGAGAAAGGACUGGGAGAAAGCUCACCAGGCGAAGCGACGAGUAGAAGACAGAGCCAGGAAGCUUCAGAAGGAGAGGAAUGAGAGAGGAGAGGUCUGGAUACCCAAGCACUUCUCUCUGUCUCAGAACAAGAAUGGCGACUGGGAAUGCUGGCCGUUGGAGCCGUCAGUGCCUCCGGCUCCUAUUGUUGUUCCUUCAUUACAGUAGAUUACGUGUAAAACAGAUUCUAUAUAAUAAAGCUGUUUUUUUACGUAAACUUA